GACCGCAUCGGCUGCGGCGUCGAGAGGGGCUCAUUCGGGGCCCCCCCAGCCCAGGUGUUCUUCACCAAGAACGGCCAGAGGGUUGGAGGUCUGGGGGUGCCCCUGUCCCCCCCGGGGCUGUUCCCCGCUGUGGGGCUGCACUCUCUGGGGGAGGAGGUCCGGCUCCACCUGCCCCCCCCCGGGCCCCCCGGGCCCCCCGAGGAUGAGGUGGGGGCSAUGCUGGUGGACAGCCUGGAGGAGGAGUGGGGGCGGCUCCACGACGUGCGGCUCUGCGGCUCCGUGAGCACCCCAAAACACGGGGGGGGAAAGUGGGGAGGGGGCUCAGAUUUGGGGUACGGGGUGGGGCUGGGCUGGAAGGAUUACCCCAAAAAUCGUCACCCCGGCUGGAGCAGGGGCUCGGUGGCCUAUCAUGCGGACGAUGGGAAGCUGUUCCAUGGCAGCGGGGUCGGGGAUCCCUUCGGGCCCCGCUGCUACAAGGGYGACGUGAUGGGCUGUGGGAUCAUGUUCCCUCGGGACUACGGCCGGGAUAGCGAAGGUGACAGCGAUGACGCCUCAGAGCCCCCCGAGGUGAAGGUGAAGGUGCGCAAUGUGAUGUACCUGGAGGAGGAGGAGGAGGAUGAGGAGGAGGAGGAGGAGGAAGAGGAGGAUGGGGAGGACAUGGAGCAGGAGCAGGAGGGCAGGAAGGUCGUGGUAAGGAGGGGGACACCCCAAAAAAAAACCCCAAAAAACCUCCACCCUCACCCUGACUGUCCUUUGUGUCCCACUGGGAUCUCUCUGAGUCAGUUUGGGGUCCCCCYUGCCCCCCGCUUUUCUGGAGGUUGGGGUGACCCUGAUGUGUGUCUGUGCCCCCCCCCACAUGUUUGUGCCCCCUCAAAACUCACCCUCACCCCAAAACCCCUCCUCGUCCCCCUUCUGACUUGGCUUUCCUUGUCUGACUCCCCCUUUUCCCGUUUUUUUGGGGUGGGAUCACUGCUCCCCCAUACCCAAUGACACCCCGGUGUUGUGCCCCCCAAGGUCUUCCCCCCUUUUCCCGCUUUUGGGAUGUGGUCUCUCUGUCCCCCAUAGCCGGUGACACCUCAGUGUUUUCCCAUUUUUGGGUUGGGUCUCUGCCUCUCAUACCCGGUCACACCCUGGUGUUUUCCCAUUUUUUUGGGGUUGGGAUCUCUCUGCCCCCCACACCCACUCACACCCCGCUGUUGUGCCCCCCCAGGUGUCCCCCUUUUCCCAUUUUUGGGGUUUGGGUCUCUGGCCCCCAUACCUGGUGACACCUCAGUGUUUUCCCGUUUUUGGGUUGGGGUCUCUUCCCCCCAUACCCAGUGACACCCCAUUGUUUUCCUGUUUUUUUGGGGGUGGGUUCUCUGCCCCCCAUACCCGG